AUGAAUUCGAAGCCAUCUUCACCGGCAUGGCGCAACCCGAGAGAUGUGCUAAAGAAUUCGAUUCGGAGAAGGACGCGUCGUUCGCUGGCACCAGAUGUGGCUAACUCACCGGCUGCCGAUUCACCAAAGGAGCCUCCAUCAAGGGCCAAUUCAACAAACAGCACACCCAAAUUGAAUCCGUUUCGUCGUUCUCCAAGAAAAAGACCCCUUCAAAAUAAUACGUGUUCUACAAAUCAAACGGGUUCAUCACUUAUCGAUUGGGAUGAUUCGACAGCAAACGAUUCAUUUAACAGUCCGCUCAUGAAAAGUUUUUGUAAUGAGGAGCGAAAAUUUGGUUUCAUUAAUCGAUCAUUGUCUUGCAAUAAUGCUGAGGAUUCUCUUUACGAUUCGCUGUGUAUUUUUAAUGAAGGAAUGCCGACUGAUUUCUCGGAAAACGAUCGAGCUCUUUUCUCGAUUGCGACACCCAAAGAAAAAGAGGAGUUUAGAACCAGUGAAACAUUGCCAGUGGAUUGGCGUUUGGGCACAAAGUUGAUAAUCACAUCGCAACGACCAUUCCCAUGGAUGAAAGGGGAUAACACGAGACCUGGCUCUGUUCCAGUGAAAAUCGUUGAGCCUGACCUCUUUAACGGCAUCGAAUUGUUCAAGGAUGGACUAAAGUCCUGUCUCAGCAAUGCUCCUUUGGCGUGUUUAGAAGCGGCUUCAAUGUGUUAUUUGUAUCCAGAAUUACCCGGAAUGAGCUUUUUCCCAAGGAUGAAAUCACUCGAAAAGUCAACAGCAAAAGGAAUCCAAUUCACGACAGCACAAAAGGAAGAAUUGAUUGGACAAUGGGAAGAAUGCUUUGCCUCGUUGUUUGAUUCGUGGCGUCGCGGGAUGAGGGAUCAUUUCUAUGUGUGCGCAUCGCCAUUCACUGUCUUCUUCACGAGUUAUAAAACAUCUGAGGCAGAACCUAGUCAAAUGGUUGAUGAGACGGCUUCACAAACGAGCUGUUCGGCUCAAUUUCUUCACGGCAAAAGAAAGGCGGCCAUUGUCUCACACUCGAAUUUCUUGCUGAGAGAGCUGUUACGAAAAGAAGGAAUCAAGUUCGAAUUUUCGAAACGCGCGAAUGGUCGUGGAUCGGAACGAGGCUCUCCACAAGUGGAUUUAGACUGUUUCUCUGCUGAUAUCACAAACAGUCAACCACCAUUAUUUGGCGAUCUCCAAAAAACUCCGGUGAAAGAGGUAGGAUGCUCGAAUUCGUUUGGAAUGCACAAUAUGAAUGGAUCGGACAGUGAUGAUGAUCCCGAUGAGAACAGCCCCACAAAAGCCGUUUACGAUAGUGCAAAGGCGAAAAACAACGGAGUCACCCCGAAACUCAGUCGAUAUCGCUCAUUUGAUCAUGCACGAUACAAGGAUGAUCGGCGACCGAAUGCCAUUUAUAUUAAUGACUCUUCUUCGUUGAAGAAAUUGCGAGAUAUGCUGAUUGAUAAAGAGACAAAACAUUUGACUGGAACGCUUUCAGGUCCUUUUGCUGGAUUACCACCAACAUUGAUUGCUUCUCGACAAUUUCUGCGUGCUCCUUUGGUUCCUUACAGGAAGACUUCGAAAAUUGUGCGUCAAACGAGCGGUGAUUUAAAAUACAUUUGUGAGAUUGAAGGAGGGCCGAUUCUCAAUGAACACGUUAUGGCGGUGUCGUCGUUUCUCAAAUCGUCCAAUAUGGUCUCCAAUGAAAACGCUGUUUCAAUAAGGGUAAAUGAUAAAAAUGUUUGUAACGGUCUCAACUCGAUUGGCCAAAAUGUGGAAUGGACCGAAAUUUUUGUCGAACCGAAUGGUUUUCGAUGGAAAAUUGAAGCCGGGAAG